AUGGCGUCCCCCUCUGCCCGGCUGGCUACACGCUGGUUAACAGCAGCUGUUUCUUCUGGGAACCGCAGCGGUCGUUUCCUCGUCGCCUCCCCCGGACAUGCGGGGCUCUGCUCGGGGACACUUCCUCCGGUUCUCCGGGGAGCGGCGGCGCUCAGCGCCGGCUCCUGGAGACCCGGACACGGGGUGACAUUGAGGGGAGACACAGCGGUGAGAUUCCCUCAUGUCUCCACCAGUCGAUCGCUCCACACCAGCAGCAGACUGGGAAACAAGCAGGACUUCUAUGAGGUGUUGGGUGUUUCCCGCUCCGCCACACAGAAGGACAUCAAAAAGUCUUAUUACCAGUUGGCAAAGAAGUACCACCCGGACACCAACCCAGACGACCCAGGGGCCAAAGAGAAGUUCGCCAAACUGGCUGAAGCCUAUGAGGUGCUGAGCGACGAGGUGAAGAGGAAGCAGUAUGACACGUACGGAGUGGCGGGAUUCGACCCCAGUCGAGCCGGGGCCGGCCAGCAGCAGUACUACCGAGCCGCAGGGACCAACAUCGAUCCUGAGGAGCUCUUCAGGACGAUCUUUGGAGAGUUCACUGGAGGACAGGGCUUCGGAGACAUCAACAACAUGUUCGAGCAAAGGCCAGAGUUUGUGAUGGAGCUGACGUUUGCAGAGGCGGCAAAGGGAGCGAAUAAAGAGCUGAGUUUGAACAUCGAUGACUCCUGCACACGGUGCGAUGGAAAGGGAAGUGAGCCGGGCACCAAGGUGUCCCAGUGUCACUACUGCAACGGCACUGGUGUGGAGUCCAUCAACACUGGUCCCUUCCUGAUGCGCAGCACCUGUCGACGCUGCGGUGGGAAGGGAUCCAUCAUCACCACGCCCUGCGCUCUGUGCCGAGGCUCGGGUCAGACCAAGAAGAGGCAGACGGUCACCGUCCCAGUUCCUGCUGGUGUGGAUAAUGGUCAGACAGUGCGCAUGCCAGUGGGUAAAACAGAAAUCCUCAUUACAUUUAGGGUCCAGAGGAGUCCAGUGUUCAGGCGCAGUGGAUUCGACAUCCACUCAGACGUGCCCAUUUCUAUAGCUCAAGCCGUCCUGGGGGGCACGGCCAACGCACAGGGCCUCUACCAAACCAUCAGUAUGAUGAUUCCUAGCAGCUGUCAGGCCGAUCAGGUGAUCCGGCUGCAGGGGAAAGGGAUUCGGAAGAUGAACAGCUACAGCUACGGAGAUCACUACGUUCACAUCAAGAUACGAGUCCCCAAGAAGCUGACGAAGCGACAGCGCUCUCUGCUGCUGAGUUACGCUGAGGAGGAGACGGAGGUGCAGGGAACCGUCAACGGGGUCGACCCCUCAGCAGGAGGGGGCAGCGGCGCUCCAGGAUCUGGUGCGAAGGGGACCAGUUCAGAGGAGGGACAGCAAGAGCAGAAGAAGAAGAAGAAGGAAGAGGAGGAGGAGGAGGGAGGAUUCUUCUCUAAACUAAAGAAAAUGUUUAGCUGAAACUCAGGCUGCAGAUAAAAAGAAGACAUCAUAGAGAAGGAAGAACAUAAAUCCACUGACUGCUCCUGCACAGCCGCCUCCUCCUGUGGGGAUGAAGCGAGGAGGAGGAGGAGGAGGAGGAGGAGGAGGAAGAGGAGGAAGACGAGAGAGAGAGAGGCACGGGAAGUUUUGUGUUGACACAGUCGCUCAUUGUUGAAUCUGUGCUCGACAAACAGGCCACGUAGAUGUCACGUCCACCCACACCCCCCCACUGGUCCGUCACCACACCCAGGUGCUGCGCUGACGAAGACGAGGAACCCGACGGUGUCGUGGCUGAACUUUGUUCUUCUAACUCGACUGAGACUUCUCUGCCCCUCGAGUCACGAGGCGUCAGUCCAUCGCUCUCUGUUCAAUAAGACGAUGGAAGAUGGCGACAGGACAGAAACCCAGGUUUCUACUGACGUCACUAACUCAUUGGAAGGAUUUGAGGAGCUUAACUGCACCAGGACUGUUUUAUUAUUUAAUCUCUGUUUAUUGGAACCAUAGUGUUGUAGAAACCUGAUAUAUCAAUGGAGGUUGUUUGGAAAAGUACCUGAAGAGGUCUGUUUAAUUUAUUUCUCAUUAUAUUACACCUGAAUUGAUUUCCUAGUUAAACCUCGACAGGGAAUAAGCCCAGUGUCAAGUUCGAUUCCACCAGUGUAAAGACUAACGCUGCCAAUACAACAAUGAAUAUUAACGUUGGUUUAUUUAUUGGAGUUCUCCAAGUUUUUCCAGUUAAGAUUUUCACGGUUCUGUCAGAAGAAUGUCUCUGAAAAUCAACAAAAUCUUAUUUCUUAUAGAGUUCCCUAAAUAUUUAAUAAUUUGCUGGUACUUUCUCAUAAUCUGGGUAAAUGAAACCUCGGCCAAGUCCCCUUUUAAAAACCAGAUUUAAAUAAAAUAUUUUAUCAGGAAUUAAUAUUAGUCUCCUCAAUAUUCAUAUUUAUUUUUUUCAUCUAGAUCCAUGACGCUGACAAAUAGAUGAAAAUUAAAAAAUAAUUCCUGGAUCUGCAUUGAACUUUAAUAGCAUCUUUCUCGAGUCAUGUCUUUAAUCCUCCACAGUAUGUCAUGGACGUGUGAGUAGUCGAGUGUAAAACCUGAUAAACAACAAACAGCCUCCUCUGUGAUUCACAUCCUUUCUUGAGGAAACAACAGGACAUGGAAUCGUGUGUUACACAUUUCCACUUCAUGAGGUUCUUGAACAAACACUUUGCAGUACUGUUGACUCUGAGCACAUAUUCCUUUCUUUUAUAAGGAAUGAAAAUAUAGAAAAGUGGGCACCCUGAUUGUGAAUAUUUGUUUGUGUGAGAUCCAGACUGCGUGGAUUUCAUUAUGUUGUGUUGCAUUUGUGUGUGGCAGCAAGAAAUAAACGCUCAAGGAUCGAAA